UUUUUACAUCCUUUUUUUUUUCAACAUUGGAUGGAGCCAACUUGCCUGUCCUUUAUUUGAAGCAUAGUUUGAACAAUGUCGUAUACAACUUCAGAUGACGUUUGGUUCAAUGGACCUGUGGAGGACGCCAUUACUGCAGUAUCUCGGAGAAACUGUGUUUUCCUGGUCUACGUCUACGACGAUUCCGAAAAGUCAAACACGAUGAAUACUGUUCUAAAAGAGGAGGAAGUGAGGAAAACGAUACGAGAGCAAACAAUUGCUAUUGCGUUUGAAAGGGACUCCCAGAACGCUCAAUUGUUUGGACAGUUUUAUCCUGUGCAAACAGUACCUAUCCUCUAUUUCAUACAACAAGGCACCAUUAAAGAUUACGCUAUCGAAACAAUAAGCAGCUUUGAAUUCAUUGAAAAGAUAAAUGCACUUGAACAGAAGAUACCUACGUUGACAUCCUCACCAGUAUCUCAGCAGCAAGAAACACCAGCGUCGAACGCUGUACCAGGACGUGAACAGCAGCAAGAAUUAGCUCACGGUCUGAAGGAGGAAGCAAGCACACAACCAGCGGCUGAGUUUACAAAAGAUACCAAUCGACAUGAUAACCCGUCCGUUUCUACAACGACGGCAGCCAUGUAUGCAAACACAGCAUCAGAAUGGCAACAGGACAGGAACGCUGAUGAAAUAAAAGCAAAAAAAGAAAAAUUACAGAAACAAUUGGAAAAGGCACGGAAAGAACGCGCAGAACGCGAUGAAAAGGAAUUAAAAGACAGGGAGAUAAGACGACGGCAGGAGGCUAAAAUGAUGCAGGAAGCCAGACAAAAUCAAAUGGACAGAGAUCAUCAAAUGUAUUUUGCAAAGUUGAAGAAGGAGCGAAAGGAGGAAGAGGCGCAUAAAAGAAGAGUACGAGAACAAAUAGCACGAGAUAGAGCUGAAAAGAUGGAAAAAAGAAAUGCAGAGAAACAGCUACACUCUGCCUCCACUUCUGCCACUUCGUUGACAAACUCUACUGUUGACAGUAAUAGCAGUAGUAGCUCCUGUUUCAAAGCGGCCACUACACAUCCUCAUGCUUAUAGUAACUUGAAUAUCCGUCAGUUAGAUGGCUCAAAUAUCCGUCACAAAUUUGAAGCGAAUGCAACAUUGGCAACUGUCAGGCAGUGGAUACAACAGAAUCGUACUGACAAUCAUCAAGCACCCUAUAAACUAUCUUGUCAGUUUCCAACUCGACUGUUCACAGAUCAAGAGGACAGCUCUACCUUACAAGAUUUGGGACUUUGCCCUAGUGCGACUAUUAUCAUGAGGCCAACGAAAAGGGCCUCUUCAACUUUAUCUCCCAGAAACAACUCACACACUGGCGUCGUAGGCUUAUUCCAUUCUGCCUAUGACUCGGUUUAUAACCUUCUGAUGACUCUAUUUCAUAUGCUGACAGGCCUAUUAGCAACAUUAUUCCCCACCAACACUAUGGCACCUAUGAAUUUACCACCUUCCCAAGGACAACCCAUCAGUGACAACAACCUCCAUCAUCGACAUUUACGAGGUGGCCAAAGACUUGGAGAUGGCCAAGUCGUAGGCGAAACCACAUCUCGUCAAGAACAAUUGGCACAACGCCGGAACCCAUAUGCUACGCGUAUUCAAACUUUGCAUGAUGAUCAUCAUGAGGACGGUGAAGAGGAUAAGAGGCGACCUACAUACAAUGGAAACUCUGUUAACCACGAGUAAAGGGUAUGAUGAACACUUUUGCUUUUUUUUUUUUUAUUGAAACCUUCAUACCAUACUGUAAAUGUAAAAAUAAAACAAAGAAAUCAUGGCUUAGUUGGUAAAAGCAGUUGGCUGGGUAAGGAGUUGUUGGACUUUUACCAUCAAUGUAAAAGGCAGUUACAAUACAAUAUUUCACUUUCACCUUACGAGUUCAUGGAAUGCUUGAUCUAAGCAUCGGUCCAAGUGCUAUUCACUUGCUGAUAAUGUCAUUUUUUCCUUUAAACUAUUGUAAAUGUCAAGGUAAACACGUUCCUUCAUAGUGCGAUAGAGAUUGAUUUAAGCGUAUGCCUUUUGCCCUGUACAGACUUUUCUUUUCUAAUCACUCUAUAACUAACUCUCUCAUCUGUUCCGCUUCUUUCUUUGCCAAAACUUUGCGUAUACAUAACUAUUAGAGUUUAUUAAGUAGAAAUUACAAAAUGAAAAAGAAAUAUACAG